AUGCCCACAAUGUGGCUCAACACCACUACCACUUCAUUCCUACUUACUGGAUUCCCAAGCAUGGAGGAGUCAUAUCACUGGAUAUCCCUCCUCCUGUUGGCGGCCUACGUCUCCAUAAUCCUUGGCAAUGGCACCCUCCUCUUUCUCAUUAGAGAAGACCAUAACCUCCACGAGCCCAUGUACUAUUUCUUAGCCAUGUUGGCAGCUACAGAUCUUGGAGUGACAUUGACCACAAUGCCCACCGUGCUCAGGGUUCUGUGGUCUAAUCACAGGGAGAUUGGCCAUGCAGCCUGCUUUGCUCAGGCCUACUUUAUCCACACCCUCUCUAUCGUGGAGUCAGGGGUCUUGCUGGCCAUGGCCUAUGACCGUUUCAUUGCCAUCUGCAAACCCCUAAGAUACACCUCCAUCCUCACUGACACCAGGGUCAUGAAGAUUGCAGUGGGAGUAUUGACGAGGGCUGGCCUGUCAAUCAUGCCAAUAAUCAUUCGCCUGCACUGGUUUCCCUACUGUCGAUCCCACGUGCUCUCCCACGCAUUCUGUCUACACCAAGAUGUCAUCAAGCUAGCCUGUGCCGACAUCACGUUCAAUCGUCUCUAUCCAGUGGCGGUCGUAUUUACAAUGGGACUGCUGGACUUCUUCGUCAUCUUUUUCUCCUAUGUUUUGAUUCUGAGGACAGUCAUGGGCAUUGCUUCUAGAGUGGAAAGGGUCAAGGCCCUCAACACGUGUGUGUCCCACAUCUGUUGCAUCCUGGUCUUCUACAUCACUGUGGUGGGGCUGACAUUCAUUCAUAGGUUCAGGAAACACAUUCCUCACAUGGUCCACAUCACAAUGAGCUACGUCUACUUCCUUUUCCCUCCUUUUAUGAACCCUGUCAUCUAUAGCAUUAAAACCAAGCAAAUCCAAGUGAGUAUGCUUCGCUUACUCUCUCUGCCUUCUUCUAGAGCAUGA